GGGAGUGUUCUGGUAUAAGGUAGCGUGAUAGGGAGCAUGCCUAAAUCCUGAGAUGUGCAAAGACAAGUGCAGCACCUGGCAAGAAAUGACCCUGCAAACCCAGCUCCCUGAAGUGGAAGAAACUUAUGGACAGAAGAAGUGGGAAAAGAGAUCAGUUACCUCUUUCAUCCUCCACAACUCACAGUGUAAGUACAUCCAAAGAAAUGAAGGCAGAACAGUACUACGAAAAGGCAAGCGAUGCAUCUAAUACUUCAGCAAAACCUCCGUCUGGGGUGUCUGAAGAUGCUGGGGUGGCUUGCUCAUGUUUGUCUAUGUAAACCUUUUGCACUUUUGUUCUUAGAGCCAAAUGUAGACCACGUUAUUUUGGGUUGCAAACCACAGACACCCAUAAGCACUGAAAAGAAGCUAAAUGUAGAGAGAACAAUGGGGUUUUUAAUGGGUCUAGGUACCUCCCAUCUUAAAUCCAAGAGUUAAAGUCAAUUCCAGCUGUCUUGGACCAUCCCUUGCUUGUAAAGAGCCUGUAAGUGACUUGUUUAUUCAGAACAUCCCAGCUGUGAUCAUUAAUGGAUGAAAUUUGGUGUUAAACCUUGCUCUAGUCUCUAGAGCACUGGCUCAGUUCUAGGGUACUGGUAUCUUGGGUACUGCUUUAUACCCAUGUUUCUCUUUUUCUGACUGUCUUUUUCAACUGAUGGGGGUGGGAGGUCAUAGCAGUUAAUUUCUUCAUUUUACACUAUUUUACCCUGUUGCCCUUUCUACGAUAGCUGCGAUAUAAUGUUUCAGUAGAGCAAUGCUUUGCAAAUUUGGCUCAAGGAGACAGUGAGCAAACAGCUUUUCAGAGAGCUUCAACUCAGCUGUCAGAAGGGGCAGUUUGGUUUCUGUGCAAGCAAUACUCACAUUCCAAACUGCAUUAGAGAAAAGCCGGUGGGUUUGUAUGCAUUUUUAUUAUCAGUUCCAGAUUAAGAAUCUGAUGCUAAUUUCUUCUUAAAGCCUGUGUUUGCAGUAGAAUUUAUAUUCUGAAACAAGAAAAGGAUUGUGAUGUUUUUCUCACACUAGCUCACUCUUCUUUUUUUUUUUUUCUUUUCUUUUUUUUUUUUUCCCCCUGGCUUUACUCCAAGGACCUUUUCUGCUUGUUUGUUACAUUCUCAAGAUGAAGCACUCGAUGGUUACAGCAGUGCUGGUAGUACUGCUGCAGGUUUCUCAGAGUUUCCCUGCCUUGUACCACCGAGGUUGGUGGAGGCUGUUAAGGGAAGGAGAUAGUUGUGGAAAAUGCAAUUUGGCACUUUGCUCUGAGCCUAAGGACUGUCCAGCUGGGACUGUACUGGAUCGUUGUGGCUGCUGUCCUGAAUGUGGAAAUGUGGAAGGUCAGAUCUGCGACUUGGACCAGGGCAAUCAUUUUUACGGGCAAUGUGGGGACAACCUCGAGUGCAGGUUGGAUGCUGAUGAAGCAAGGUUUGGGGAAGUUCCUGAGCCCCAGUGUGUGUGCAAGUCUCAAGAGAGCAUCUGUGGACCUGAAGGGAAAACCUACGAGAACAUCUGUCAAUUCAACAAGGCUUAUGCUACGAAAAGAAAUAUCAGCAUGAAACAUAAAGGGCCAUGUGAAUCAGCUCCUGUUAUUUCUAUGCCACCUCAGGAUGUCCAGAAUUACACAGGCAAUGAUGUCAUUUUUGGCUGUGAGGUGUCAGCCUACCCUAUGCCACACCUUGAAUGGAAAAAAAAGGGGAAUAAAAUGUUUCUGCCAGGAGAUGAUGCCCACCUCUCAGUACAGGCAAGAGGUGGGCCUCAGAAGUAUGGUGUGACAGGCUGGCUGCAGAUUCAAGGCCUCAAAAAAUCAGAUGAAGGCGUUUACAUCUGCCACACCAAAAAUAAGCAUGGUGCAACAUAUGCCUCUGCGAGAUUGAAAGUCAUUGAUGGAUCAUCUCCUACAUUUGCAUUUUCUGCUGGCAGUAGAAGUGCAAGCUACAGCAUUGAAUAUGGGGACUAUUAUGACCAUUCUGAUGAUGAAGAUGAGGAAGAAUAUGAAUCCGGGGACUAUGAAAAUUGAAACAACUUUGAAUAAUACUUUUUAUAUAUCUGUUGACCAUUACCUUUCACACUCUGUUCUAUUUACUAGUAGUCUCUGUGCCAUAAAUGGCUCCUCUGAUAACGCACAUAUUCACUUGUGUAUCCACCUUCCUGAAAUUCAGCUAUAGCUUAAGUGUAUCAUGCUACUCACCAGAAAAAAGAACAGUUGUAAAUCCAUACAUUUAGACUGUUAAAUAAAACUCUUAAAUGUGCACCUGUCCACUAAGUACACCGAAGGGAUCCAAUUUUAUAUUAAUUUUUUGAAUGUAAAUUAUGUUAUAAUUUCUUUCAUUCUAAUUUGUCUAGCAAAAAUAUCCAUAGUUAAACAAUAUUUUUACUUGUAUCAAUUUCCUCUUUUCUAUAAUGUACUAAGAAGUAUCAAGAGAUUGUUCACAUGGCAACAAACCUAAGUAUGAAGGUUGCAAAACAGUCUUUAAUCUCCUUAGCUGAUGUUUUCUCAUAAGUUUCAGCAAGAUUUUCCUUCUCAUUUGAAAUUUGUCAUGGUUAGUCUCAUCAAGGGUGAAUUAUCUGUCUUUUGGGCAGUUAUUUUGUUUACUUUUUUUUUUAGAUACAUUGAAGCAAUCACAGUCAAAACAAGUAAGUGCCGUUUCACUAGCAAUACUCAAAAAUACCCAGAAAAGAUUUCUUGUGUAUUCAAACAGCUGUGCAUACCUUUUGACUUCCUUUUGUAACAGCUCUUGCGCUACUAACAGCGUCAGCUUCUUCCCACCAGCCUAGGCAACGGUUUAAGAUUUGGGGUUAUUACUUUUACUCUGCACAGCAUCACAUUUGGUGAGAAUUACUGCAGUUUAGAGAAGGCAGUUGUUCUGCGGCUCAGUGCAUGCCCCUCAAACACACAGAGAUCCACACACAGAACCAGUAUUUGUCUUUUGUCUUGGACUGACUGAGACUUGCUCUUGUAUCUGACCCAUGUAUACUAUGUCCAACUAAAAGUGCAUUCAGCAUUGCCACACUUCUGGAAAUGACAGGCAGAAAUGCAGGCAUCAUUUUCUUCCUGAAAACCACCAGAACACAUGCACGUUUUUCAAAUUGUCUCAACCACUUAUCAAUCAACAUGAACCAGACAGCAAAUGACAUGCAAUUCAAAAACACAAGACUUCAAAGUGUAAAGUGAUCACCCUGAAAAAUUUCUCCAAUUUCUUUUAUUAACUAAUUACAUGAGGGCUGGCUCUGAAUUAAUGAGUGACUGAAAAUACAAAACUAUGAAAACCACUUUUGGGAGGCAGUUACACCUGUUGGUUCCCAUUGGCUGAGGGCAGAUGAAUAGCAGUAAAUUACUGAACAACAUUAAUGACUAAGGAAGAAAAAGUUCAGACAACUACAUGUAAACCCUCAGUAUUUGCAGUUGUCUUUAUCUGAUGCACAAACCCAUGUAGUGAUUACUGCACACACAGAUGUAACUCGAAGUUAAAUUAAUGGUGUUAAGGAAGCUUUAAGGGCAGUCUUACUGUAUGCAUAUACAUACUGCGUAGAUUACUUAAUGUAUAUACAGUGCAACACGAAUUCCUCCUUUAAUGUGCUCUUUUGUGCUUUUUUGCCAUUAGGCAGAUUUUUCCUUUCAAUUUGAAUUACAUUAAGAAAUUGGUUAUAGACUGUGUUUGCCCUGAGGUAUUAUUGAUCUUUGCCCUGGUAGCAAACAACCUAAGAAUAAUUUAUUUGGUUUCAGACUUUCUAGAGUAUUGGCAACUUAUGAGUAGAAAGCAUGCCAUUUUAUCAUUGAAAAUAUUAAUUUGUUUCAACCAGGAGUAUGAAACGGUUUCAUAUUUAACUACUGAUUUUGUUGUAUGGGCUCUUCCUAGUGGUAUAACUAGUGGUUAAUAUAUAUUCCUAGUGGCUAGUAACUUUUUUUGCUUAUCCACUAUACAGAAAUGUGAACAUAAAAUUGUCUGGUAGGAAUCACUGAUUAUUUUUUUUAAGGGGGUAUUUUUUAUGGAACUAUUUAAUCUGCAGAAAUAUAUUCAAGAUCAAUUGUGAUCUGCGUUGCAAAUGAAUGAAUUACAUUACUAAACCAACUACUAAAGUGUGGCAAUAUAUACUGGCAUGGACUAGUGUGUGGCACAGAAAAUAAUCUUGAAAUCAUUAGCCAUAGAAAUAAAUUAGAAUUCUUCAGGGCCUUUUGCUGUUGUUAAUGUAAAAUUAAAACCAGAAAGAAUGUUUCAAUAAGAAAAUAUGCAGCAGAACCAUAUCAAACACCAGUCUGCAAGUGUUUGGCCUGAUGGACUAUGUCUAUUUAAACAAAGCUAACCUUCC